AUGAACCAUGGAAUCAGCCUGAAAAUCAUGCGGGCGUCGAAACCGCAGCUGACGCCGGCCAUCCAAGACCCAUUCGUGCUCUCGCAAUCUCAAUCGGCCGUUUUGAACCUGCCCUCACCAUGGCUCAGCAUCCGUCCAGCCUUUGGAACGGUCUACGUGGGAGAAGUGCUCACCUUCAUGGUCUACGUGAGUCUCAAGACGGACUUCAUCUACAACACGGCUCCCAGCGUCAAGGUGGGCGUGUCUGCGGCGAUCCACGCCAAGGACUCCACCGAACCUCCCGUUCAAGUGCUCAACUCGACAGACACCGUGGAGCUCAACGAAAUCCACCAGACGACACAGUUCCCCAUCAAGUAUGAGAUCCCUACGGCAGGAAUGCACACAGUCACCUGCCACGUGACCUACUCGUACGUGGUCGACGGAGAACCCCACCAGGAGUCCUUUUCAAAAAUGUACCAGUUCAACGCCGUCAAUUGCGUCCAGUUGCAGCUGGAGACCAUCAAGACCGCCAACAGACAACCGGCCAUGCAGAUAAAGGUCGAGAAUAUCACCUCCAACAGUCUGUGGCUCAAGCCGCCGUCAUUCUUCUCUGAUUCCGUGCAGCCCGUCGGAUCCACCAAGACUGCUAACCUGCUGGGACCUGGAGACAUGUGGCAAUACUCGUGCAAGUACACAGGCGAUCGACCGGCGUUUACCAUUUUCUGGACACGAGGCCCAAUGGGUGAAAAUGGGUGCUUGACUGUACAGUAG